AUUCCCUUCAAUUCAACUGGAAAACUGCAGCUUGUCGCAUAUGCAGAAGUCCAGAGCAGGGCAUCGAGCAAAAAGAGCGCACAAGAGGCUGAUGUUCUUCCAGAUACCCUGGUGCACAAGAAAGAGGAGGGCAGAGAAACCACAACACUGCAACUUGGAUGUCAGCAGCCGCACUCUCUCUCUUCAACUCUCACACCCACCAAAUCGACUUUGAACCUGUUUGUUUAAAUACACGGACUUUACUGCCUGCACACUUACUGCUGAUUCCGUCAGGCGGUUCAGAGCGGAGUUCCUCUAGUCUGUAGACGUACAAAAAACUUUUUGGUAUUCCAAUGGUGCCUCAUGGAGACCAGAGGAUGACCUUAUUUCAUCCAAUAUUUUCAGACGCGGUGCUUUAUUUUUCCCGGAAAAAUGGAAACUAAACCGGAGUGGCACUGAAGACAUCUCUCUCUCUCCCCCCGGGAGAGUCCUCCCUCCUUCCCCCGGGGCGAUGCGGAUCUCCUUCCUCUUUCUCGCAGCCUCUCUGUGCGCCUCUGUCCUCCUCCUCGCACCUGCUUCGGAGGGCUGUGGGCCGGGGAGGGGAUACGGCAAGAGGCGGCUCCCCAAGAAGCUCAUCCCGCUCGCCUACAAGCAGUUCAGCCCAAACGUGGCCGAAAAGACCCUGGGAGCGAGCGGGCGACCCGAGGGGAAAAUUACGCGCAACUCCGAGCGCUUCAAGGAGCUCACGCCGAACUAUAAUACAGACAUAAUCUUUAAAGAUGAGGAGGACACGGGCGCAGACAGGCUUAUGACUCAGCGUUGUAAAGACAAGCUGAACUCUUUGGCCAUCUCUGUGAUGAACAUGUGGCCAGGAGUGAAGCUGAGAGUAACAGAGGCCUGGGAUGAAGAUGGUCAUCACUCAAUCGACUCGCUGCACUAUGAGGGGCGUGCUGUCGACAUCACCACCUCAGACAAGGACAAAAAUAAGUAUGCCAUGUUGGCCCGCCUGGCUGUAGAGGCUGGAUUUGACUGGGUCUACUAUGAGUCUAAAGGCCACGUUCACUGUAGCGUGAAGUCAGAGCAUUCAGUGGCAGCCAAAACCGGAGGAUGUUUCCCUGGCGAUGCUCAGGUCACCAUUGAAGGUGGGCGCAUUAAACAGAUGCGUGACCUCCUCACCGGCGACCGUGUCCUUGCGUCCUCCUCAGCAGAUAUCCAUGCGCCACUCCUCUACAGCCCCGUUGUGUCUUUUCUGGAUCGCCAGCCCAAUGCCACAAGGACCUUCUAUGUUAUUAGGACGGAUGGGGGACAUAACAUCACCCUCACAGCCGCUCACCUGAUCUUUGUCACAGAAUGUUCCAGCAGACUGACCAGGUCAGAGCAGGAAGAAACAUCUCAGGACACAAAGCUUUUUGGAUCCACUUGGCAGAGGAGGGGAUAUGAGGCAGGUAUGAGGACAGUUUUUGCCAGUGAAGUCCAGCCUGGACAGUGUGUCUUUACAUCUUCUGGCAGAUCAGAGUCACAUCCAAGACUCUCAGUUGUGACGUUUGUUGAGGAGCAGACAAGCACUGGGCUAUAUGCCCCACUCACCCAGCAUGGGUCUAUAGUGGUGAACAGCGUGUUAGCAUCUUGCUACGCUGUCGUGGACAGUCACUAUUUGUCCCACUGGGUCUUGGCUCCUUUGAGACUUAUUUACAGAAUAACAGGACACUUUCAAGUUCAGAAUGAUGGGCUACACUGGUACCCGUGGAUUCUGGAAAAGUUGGGGAAAGUGCUGCUGGGAACUGAACACUUCCACCCUUUAUGGGUGUAAUAGUAAUGGUCACUUUGACCAGUGACAUAAACUUGAGCAGGACAAGUAAAUACCAAACUGAUGGCAUAUCUUAUUCACUUGCAUGCAGGGGCACAAUAAGGAAAAGCACAACUGUUUGUAGAAGAAGACUGAUCAAAAGUGUAAAUAUAUUUUUUACAUACUCCAAGUGCCUGUAUUUGCUGUACUUCAAUACAUCUCUUAUGCAUGUCCUUGUGUAAAACAUUAAGGAGAUAAUGAUUUCCAUUGCAUUAACAUUAAGACUAACAACUGAAGCUUUUAUUCAGCUAAAACAAAUAUUGUCCUUAAACACGAUCCCCAUUUUGGGACACUGAAAGGAGAAGUUUGACACAAAACAUUUGAAGAAUAUGAAGAGGGAGAGUGAGAAAAGAGAAAAUUUUAUAAAGCUGUUUAGCUUUUGUAAGUAAAUAGGUAUUUAUACACCUAUUUAUGUAGAAAUAAAGUAAAGGUUUAUUUCCAGAAUGAUCUCCUUCAUUACUCUUUUUAAAAUCUAAUCCUUGUUAUUUCAGAAUUUUUUAAAAGUCCACUCCGUGUAAUGUAGAGCAGUAAUACACAAAUUGCUAAACAUCCAUAGAAGGCUUAAAUAAAGCCACUAAAUGGCAGGGAAUAAAAGUGUGUAUAAAACCACGACUUUUUCUCUACAGAUAGUUGUAUGGUGAACUAGCUCACCUUCUCAGUUGUUUUCAAGUCUUCCAUCAGUUUUAAAACUACUUGAUCUUUCUCUUUUUCACAUGUUUAUCUACAAUGUUUAUGUUUUCUUAUCAGGUGUAUUAUUGAAGAGAUAAUUGUUUGAUUAUUGUCUUAGGGUGUCACUUUUCAGGUCAGUAAUAUGACUCAGGCUUUUUUCAACUACUGUAUUAUCUUCUAUGCAUCUCGUUAAAUAUCAGUAAUUAACACAAUUAGUACAUAGAAAGAGUUUCUAAUUUAACAAUGGCAAUAUCAGAUUAUGUUUGUGCUUCAUCUCUUUUGAAACACCCACAUUGGAGCAGUAAAUCAAUAACUAUUAAUUUUAUGGAAGGCUGUAUAGAAAUGUAGAAAUGUCUAAUAUAUAUUUCAGAUUGCCUGAACUGUUUCUGAUGUUGACUUUAAAAUGCUUAAUGAAAAGACACAAUGCAAUUAUCUUGUAACUCCAAGGCAUCUUUCUCAGAAAUAUUGUCAAAUAUGUAUAUUAAAGCUAUUGGAUAAAAUAUUUAAAGAUCUAUUUUUAGAAAAUUUUUGUUUGUAUUAUUAUUUUUGGCAACUUUGUUUAUAAAUUUUGUAUUUGACACAUAAAAGUUUUAAAGAACUAAUUGUGUCCUGUCUUGUUUAUUUAUUUUCUCCUUUUUGGAGUGUAAUAAAUUCACAAUUAUGUCUGA